GCCGCCACUUCCUGCUCGGCGUGUCCCGGCGCGGCCGGCAGGAGUGGGUGUGGAAGAUAAAUUCCUGUGAUCUGCUGAAGCAGUGCCUGGCACACGCUGAGCAGGAGGAAGAGCCUUCAUCACUGUGUGGACCCAGGAGGAGGAGGAGCUGCUGUGUGAGCUGAGCUGGGCAGGACAGACCCAGGGCAGAUAUAGGUAUUGGCUUUCCAGGAUGUUUGUUGGAUACGAAGAUUCUGAGGACACAGAAGGGUAUGAAGAUGAACUUUACCAUGAGGAGUCAUCCAGUGAGGAGAGCAUUGACAGUGAGGUGGAAUUUCAUCUCUACAGCCAAAUCCACUAUUCCCAAAAUCUCGGAGAAAUCAGCACGCUGGAAGUGGAUGAGGAAGCUGAUGUUGCAGGAGUCACGGGUCACAGUUCAGUUCUGGCUGAGCAGCAGCACGAAGACAAGAAGGUGGCUGACCUGGCGGGCCAUGGUGACCCCGAGAUCAUUGUUCUGUCUGACACACCAGAUGAGGACAGUGUCUACAAAAGCAAAGCAAAGAAGUCAGCCAGCUCUUUAGCUCACAGUAAAAGACAUUCCCCUCCAGGAUCUUCCACACCAAAUCCUGCCAAAGCCACUGGAUGUCACACCCUGUAUCCGGCUGGAUCAGGCACAGGCGUUGCAAGGCAAAAGAAAAGUCCUAGUGGGAAGCUUAACCCAAUUAGUUCUGCUGGAGCUCAGGCCAUCCAAGACGUGCUGGUGAUCGAUGACAGCUCGGAGGAGGAGAGCUUGAUAUCUGAGAGUGAUCCUGUGGAGAGCUGGAUGCUGCUGGGAGCCGGGGCAGAUGACAGAGAUGAAGAUAUUAUGCUGAACCUGGAAGGCUGUGCAGCUCCUGCCAGCGAAGGAGAAGGUGACGUGGACUGGUCCAUCUCUAAUAAAGACUUAGAGGCACAGAUCUCCAACUAUGGCAGCGUGAGGCACAGCAGCGUGAGGUACUACACAGCAGACAAGAACGUCACCUGCAGGAACUGUGGCAGACCAGGUCACUUGUCCAAGAACUGUCCUGCUCCAAAGAAAGUUCCCCCUUGUUGCCUGUGUGCAGGAAGAGGGCACCUACAGAACAGCUGCCCAGCACGUUUCUGUUUGAACUGCUGUUUGCCUGGCCACUAUUUCAGGGAGUGUCUUGAGAGGGCCUACUGGAAUAAGCACUGCAAUCGCUGUGACAUGAAGGGCCAUUAUGCUGAUGCUUGCCCAGAAAUAUGGAGGCAGUAUCACCUAACAACCAAGCCAGGACCAAUCAAGGCGCGCGGUUCUCACCCCGAGCGCUCUGCUUUGGCCUACUGCUACAACUGCUCCCAGAAAGGACACUUCGGAUAUGAGUGCUCAGAAAAGCGGAUGCACGGGAGCAUGUUCCCAACUUCUCCUUUCAUCUACUACUACGAUGAUGAAUGUGAUAUCAAGAGAAGAGCAAACAGAUUAAAAAAAAAGGUUGCAGAAUUACAAGAAGCUGGCCUUCUGCCAGAGCUGUCAGAGACACUGUGGCAGGAAGAAAAACACGGGGGGCACAGCCAUAAGAAAAAGAGCAAGCCUUGGAAAGAGCACAGGAAGCACAGCAGAGAUGGUGAGCGCCACAAAAAGAUGAAGAUGUCCCGGGCAGAGAAACCCAGAGAAGAGAAACGCAGAAGUCAUGUUGGAAUGGGGCAGAAUUUGGAAGAGGACUUCUCCAGAGGGUGGAAAAGGCAGGUGUGCAAGGGCAGCAAAACUCGGCACAAAUCUCUUUUCCGGGCGUUCUCAGGGAGCAAGGCUGGGCAGGAGCCUCUGGAAGGUGCUAAAAGGAAGAAGAAAUGGAAAAAACAGAAAGACGCUUCUCCUGAUGUCAGUGAGAAUUUAUUCCUCAUAAAACAGAGAAGGAAGAAGUCCAAACAGAAAUCCUGGUGAGGAGGAGCUAGGCAGGCAGCACUGGCAAUUCCAGGCUCUGGCUCUGCCUUCUUUUAUUUUUGUCCCUCUUUUUAGCACACUGAGUUUGAGUCCGUCCCUGCAGUGUCACCACACAUCCCGUAUCCACCCCUGUCCCCGCAGGGAGGGCUCUGUCUGUGGGAACAGCCCGUGUGACAGGCAGGACUCGCUGGCUGCGCUCGGCAGCCCCCAGUGGGCUGUGGGGUCAUUUGCUUUGCUUGGGGGGGGGAGGAUGGGGCCACGCUGGGUGGGUUGGUUUUGUUGGGGCUGGCUCUGCUGCCAGGGGACACGGCGCCUUUGGAGCUGGUGCUGGAGAGACUCUCAGGUUUGGGGCAGCCAGGGCAGAGACCAGGGACGUGGGCACCGAGCACAUUCUUGUGGGCACUCAGUGUUCCCCGAGUGCCCCAGACACUCCACCCCGGGUCCCUGCCAGGGAGCAGCUGGGAAAGCAGCAGAGUUUACAGCUGGAAUUAUGUCCUUGUUCCUCUGGAUGUGGAAGGUGUUUUUGGAGAAAAGACAGCAGUGUGUGGAAAAUGCACAUGGUCCCUGGCAUCCUGUGCUGCAAUUUAAUAUUUUUUUAGACAGUUAUUUUUGUACACUGGAAUUAAUCAGUUGUGCUGUUAAAAGCUUUGUAAGAAUAAAUGCUUCAUCAAAGGAACAACCCAAAACAAACUUUACAUGGGGGAUACAAAAAAAGUGUAGGUUUGUUUACAUUUUCUUGCAUUACUGAGAAUAAUUAAAAACAUUGUCUGCUUCCCUAUCCUCAGCUGGAAGUAUUUCAGCUCUGGCAAGAGGUUUUCUGGUUCUGAAAAGGACUUUCUCUGUGCUCUGCUGAUUGAUGACCUCUGUGCCACACCUCUGCUGCUAAGCAGCUGAUGGCAACCAACAGCUCAGCUCCAUAAAGGCACGUGUCCCCUCUUCACUCUCACUGACAGGGGCUCUUUGGCUGGGGUUGUGGUUUGAAAUCAGAAAGUGUUUGCAACCUGUGCCAAUGCAAGGGUAUUUGAGGAGGGGAAAUGAGCACACUUGAAAAAACUCAGGACUGCCUUUCUGCCAGCAGUAUUCCUCACUGGUACUCCCCACAUUCAUCAGCUUUUUGUUUUGCAAAUUCUCCAGUGGUAACACUGGUAUUUUAGUGACUUUACCGCCUCAACUUAAGAGGUGUUUGGAGCAGAGCUCUGCCUACAUCAUAUAGGAACCUAAUGCCCAGUUUUGCUUUAAGUGUGUCUUCACUGGCAACUGAAACUUAUUUUUGCUUAACUGUGUCAUUUCUUGAUUGAAAAGUCCUGGUGAUAUGGAAAAGGUAAAUAAUGUUUAGCGCUAAUAAAAUUUUAAAACCAUACUAAUUCUGUUCCUGAAAAGACUUGCCUCUAAUAUUGGGACUCAUCUUUUCCUCUGUGCUGUGUUUUACAUCCUUCUUUAUUUAUGA